AAGAUAGUAGUCUUGUAGUUCUUUUAGAUUUUAUUAUUUGUAAGACUACUAAUGCAAAUUAUCUGAAAAUAAAUGUAGAUAUUUUAAAAGCAAAUAAGGCAAAUAAAGCUGAAGCAGAUAAGGCAAAUAAAGCUAAAAUAGAAGAAGCAAAAAAAGCAAAAAAAGCAGAGAAAACAAAGAAAAUAGAAAAAGUAGAAAAAGCAGAAAUAGUUGCAAAUCAACAUGUAUUAUAUGUAAUACAAAUUCAAGAGGUUAGUUUAGAACAGAUUUCUGACAAUGUUUUCUGA